AUUUUAUGCGUUUACGUGCAAUGUAGUUGUUAUCUAUAGUAACAAUUUCGAUUUUCUUUACACGUGUAUCAUUUUUUCAAAAUUAAUGGAAAUUUCCGAAGACGAAUUGCUAUGCAGCAUUUGCAACGAAUUGUUUAUAAAGGCGAUAACGCUACCUUGUCUGCAUAAAUUCUGCCAACAUUGCAUCGAUCAGUGGCGUGCUCAGAAAAGCGAUUGUCCCAUUUGUAGGGCCAAAAUUACCGAUUACUCGAGGACGACCCUUUUGGACGAUUACAUUGAGAAAAUUGUGGAGGGGCGGGACGUCGAGUACCGAAAUCGGCGGAAGGCAGAAAUAGAGGAGAGAGAGAAACCAAGGCCGUCGCCGUCGUCCUUCAGGGAAUUUAGUAACAUUCACAGCUAUGUAGGCAAUGUUGAUACUUCGAUCUCACCGGAUGAGAGUAGUGAUGGAAGUGGUUUGGAAGGAGGUUCAAAUUAUGAUAGCCUUUUUCAUUCUUAUCGAGAAGAUAUUUUUCUUCACCUAGAUGACGACAGUGAAUCCGAUUCAAUGAAUCAUAGUCGAGGAGACGACAAUGUUUCAAGUUUUAGUUCUGCACAAGAAUCAAUAGUCGAUGGCGAUUAUGAAGUUUAUUCUGUUUCAAGUGAGGAUGUUUUAGAAAACGGCGAUGCCUCGGAUUCUAGUCACUCCACUCAGGACGAUACAAACGACGAACAUAGCUCUAAUUCGGGAGGUAAUGAACAUGAAUAUGUCAGUGGUGACGCUACUACUGAUGAAGAUACUGAAAAUAGUUCCAAUUCAGAAAGAUCUAGUGUUGAAGGCAUUAAUAACGAUGAUUAUUAUGAUUUUGAGUCUGAUUCCAGUCAAAACCAAGAAGAUAGCGGUGAUGAAAUUGACUUCACUUCGGAAAGUGACGACGAGUAGUAUGUGCACCUAGGAGUUGGUAUAAUUUUUUAACUUGUCGUUUAUUAUUAUUAUUUUCCAUUUGUGUAUAACUACCUACUUUUCAAUAUGCUUUAUCUCUUUAUAUUACACGCAAUCUUUUGUA